AUGCAACCCUCAUCAUCAUCGUCUGCGAAGGCUAAGACCCUGAUAGAUGCCCUGGAGCAGUACGGCCAAGAGGAUUACAUCGGCGAGUCCAUUAGCCAGCUCGAACACUGUCUUCAGGCCGCUCACCAAGCAAGCAAAUCUGGCGCACGAGAUGAGUUGGUGAUUGCCGCCUUGCUUCAUGAUAUUGGCCAGAUUAUUCCACUUGAGUCUGUCAAGGAGGUGCGCAUGAACCUCCGUGGAAGUAACGAGAAUGUUGGACGUGUUGGUCAUGAAGCUAUCGGCGCCGCCUAUCUUCGAUCCCUGGGAUUCAGUGAGGCUGUUUGUCGACUAGUCAAUAGCCACGUAGCGGCGAAGCGGUAUGUGGGCUCACGUUCUUUCCCUCUCUUCACGAUGCUCAUCAAACAAAGGUAUCUUACUGCCGCAAACCGCGCAUACUAUGACUCCCUGUCAUCGGCUUCACAAAAGUCACUGGCAUUCCAAGGUGGACCCUUUGAGGGUAGCGAGCUGCAGGAGUUUGAAAAAGACCCACUUCGAGACGAGAUGAUUGCUCUGCGGCUAUGGGAUGAUGGAGCGAAGUUAGUUGGAGUGGAAUCUAUCACUCCGCGUGCACCCACGUAUCUAGACAUGAUCAUCUCCCACUUGGCCCGGGAAGCGACAGACGCGGAAUAA